AUGUCCAUGCGCAAGGACUUUUCGUCCCUCAAAAAACACCGACAUUCCGGUGUUCUACCCAAAAACCUACUAGCGGGUCCAACCCAGAGAAUUCAAAUCCCUACAGCUGAAACCAUAAACUCAGGUGCCCUCUAUGUGGUCAGGCCACUGGAUCUCUCGGAGAAGGUGCGGUCUCAGGACAUCAAAACAUGUUUUUUCCUACCGUUAGCCAUUAUAGAUAGUGGGAUACAUGAACAACCAGCAUUCUCGUUAGACGUGACCAGCGUCGAGUACAACGGAACUACCAUUGUUUCAACUGGCGAGCGGGACUUGGUGCUUAACUUAUCGAAAAACGGCCAAUAUUUAUACUUUACAAGAUGCAAGGCAUACAUAGACAAGAUGGUUAUUCCGAAAGACGCCUUGCGCCAUGUGUGGAUGUCAAAUGACGACCGCAAUGUGCUCUUUGUGCUUCAGAAAAAAUUUGGGCUUAUAUACGUACGUUUUGCUGCCAAAUCACCCGAACUCCACCUUCUCUUUCAGAGAGAUCAACCUUCAUGGAUAGCAGGAAAGUUUGUGGUUGAAGAUGCUAAUAUCGUCGCGGAAAUGUACAAUCAACGGCGACAGAAACGUGAGAAAUCACUUAAGGAUCCAGAAAUGGUGGUCAAGUUGGUAAGCUCCCCCGAGAGCUCUCAAAUCAUCAGUGAUCACACUUGCGAGGAUGCCAACUUACUUGGAGCGUCUGACAAUGUGUUGCUGAAUGGACUACCGAAUGUCCUCAAGCCUGCAAAGAUUAAGCGACGCCAGACACGCGCUAUCUCGAAGAUGAUGGAGAAAGACCCAGACUUGUAUGCUAUAUACUCGGAGAAAUCCGUCGACUACGAGGAAGACGAGGAUGACGAAGAAAUUGCCGACGACGACGCCCCCAUCAUCCAGGAAACUCCCGCUCCAUUUGAACCACCUUUACGGUAUACGCUCAAAAACGGAAAGAAGUUUAUUGUUGCGUAUAAUGAUUUCAAAACAUUAUACAAUAACGACUGGAUAAAUGACACAUUAAUUGACUUUUUUAUUGCAUAUGACAUAGAUCGUGCUGAGCAUGAGCUCCAUCUGAUUCAAGAAAACGAAGUGUAUGCGUUCAAUUCGUUUUUCUUCACGAAACUAAUGUCUAAAACUGACGACCAGGAAACUCCUCAAUAUUACGCGAACAUUCGCCGCUGGCUCACUAAACUUGAUCUCAUGAGCUACGAACGUGUGGUCUUGCCCAUAAACGAACAUCUCCACUGGUUCUGCGCCAUCAUUAAGAACCUACCUGCACUAGUUGAGGCAGCUACCGAAUACAAUCGGGACCCCAAGAAGGGCCAGAUCAACGAGGCCACUGGAAAGAAAUAUAGAGUGGAACCCGUAGUGGAGGUUUUUGUCUUGGACUCAUUGCGCCAGUCUCACUCAAACAUUGCUGGUCCGUUAAAGACUCUCAUAGACGAAUAUUGCAGAGACAAGUAUAAUGUCCCCAUCCCUCCCGAAUUGAUUAGAGUUCAGAGUGCUCGAGUGCCAAAGCAGCGGAACUUCAAUGAUUGUGGAAUCCAUGUCAUUUAUAAUGUACGCAAAUGGCUCAGUGAGCCUAGUGUGUGUGAAAAGGUGUGGAGGAAGUUUGGGAAGUCCCAGCGGGCAUACUUUAGUGGUUCAGAAAGGAAUAACAUGAGACGCUCGUCCAUAGAUACCCUAUUGGAGCUCCACACUAAGCAGAUGCCCCAAAUUGGCACCAGUGCAGAAGAAGAAAGUAACGACCACUCAGAUGACGAGAUCGAAUUGAUUUCUUAUCACUCUUCCAAGCCGGAAGUUGAGAUUCAAGAUGUGAAUUCCGAGAAGAAGGAAACAGGAAAAGUGGAGUUGGACAAAGAAAAUGUUCUCAAGGAUUUACCGAACUCAAGGGAAAGCCCAGCUACAGAAUCUUCUCCUUCUCAGAAUCAAUUUGUAGAGAAAUCGACCCCUGGCAAAAUGUCCACGAGCAAAAAUGAGUCAAACAAAGCUACUGAGGCGGUUUUGCCCGAUGCUGGAAAGUCCCGAUCAACUACACCUGUUAGGACUUUGGAUCCAAGGGUAUUCAAAGCAGCCUCGUCACCAUAUUCGAGUCCGCGAGUGAAGUCGAGCAAAACCUCGGUUGACUACUUGAGUGGGGAAACUAAAGAAAGGUCAAUAUCCAAUCUGUCUUACCAAAUUGAGCAUCCUUUUAUUCGUCGCUUGUGCAUGAACAUUCACGUUAAGCAGCACGCUAUUGACUUUCUCAAUAGGUACUUUAUCAAUCACUCGAAGAAGUAUGAUCCAUUCCGGCUGCAAAUCAUUGAAUUUGUCAAGAAUUACAACUUUUUCGACCCUUCUCGGGAAAAAGAUCAGUGUGAUCUUUUGAUACUGAACUUCAGGGAGCAAUUGCAGGAACCUCCAGCUCCAGUGGAUGAGCCAUUUGUAAUACAAGAAGCUGACGAUUCGAAUAGUGAGCUCAACCAAAGCGUGAAUGAUCUUAGAAUUCUGAAUGACGAUCGCAAACUUGCCCGAAAUACUGCUACUCCGGAAGCCACGCGCAAGUUCAUGAGGGAAGCUGACCAAAUUUCACCCAUUCGUCAGCGCAAGGUAGAUGGAAACCCGAAUUUGGAUGCGAUCUCGACGAUUUCUCCUCCCCGUCACACUCGAAGUUGGGAUCAGCAAGAUGACGAAGAUAGUGAUCUUGAAGUUCUCGGGGACGAAACCUUGCGGAUUGUCUCUUCAGAGACUUCAAAGAAGUCAGCGAGCCUGCGAAGAUCCUCGAAAUCCUUUAGCACGCCUCCAGAGCAAGAAAAACGGAAAAAACCGUAA